CAUUAUUUUUGAAUUUCCAGAUUCCAACCUCGUUCAUCCAUAUUUUAAUAAAUUUAAUCAUGACGAAAAUUAAACGACAAAUUAAUAAUUUCGAUUUUCGUCGAAUCAAAAUACUUUUGAAAAAAUGGAAUGUUGUAAUUUACUUUGUACUAAUACUUAUAUGUUUCUAUUUUAUUAUUCCUAUAUAUUUUCCGAACAACGAUAAAAUGAAUUUGUGGUUAUCAUCAAUUAAAUAUUAUUUGACGUAUCCCAUUUAUAAUGAAUCUUUAACAAAAACGGAUGCAUAUAUAAUCAAUACAUAUUACUAUCCAAAAUCGAGUUCAUUAGGAGAAAAUGCGAUUGGAAUGAUUCUUUUAAUGAAUCGAAAUACUCAAAGAGACAUGACAAAGUAUAGAAUGAAAUUGAUUGCAUCUAACUCUUCACAUCAAUCCGUGAUUGUCACACCCAAGUUCUUGGAAGAAUCGUACUCCAGUUGCCCAUACAUUAACAUGGUUGCAAUGGUAAAUACUUUGCCAAAUUUGAACAAGUUGGAGAUUUUUGAUGGUGAAAGAAAAAUGGAGAUUCCGUUCCAAAUGGGUAAAACUACAGCUCCAGCAUCUGUAAUUAUAUGUAUUUCUCCUCAAUUUGUGGCAGAGCAGUGGCAAUUAUUUGUGGCACAUGCACAUGUUGCUCGGAAAUUUGGAGGUCAUCUUCACAUGUACGUUACAAGUAUCAUAGAUACAUUCUUCGAUUUGGUCCAAGAGUACGAAAGACUUGGUUAUGUUACAAUUGACUAUUGGAUGAGAUUGAAAUUGGCAAACUCAUCGGUUGAUUCUGUAGAGCCUAAUCUUCAUUCGGAACUAAGAAAUCAAGCAGGAGCUCAAUCGGAUUGUCUUUAUCAAUACAAAGAAGCUGCUGCGUUUAUCACUUUUUUCGAUUUGGAUGAUAUUUUCAUUCCACGUGGGUAUGAUUCGUAUUUUGACGAAUUUUCUGCUUUGUAUGAGCUUCAUCCAAAUAUUCUAACAUUUCAAUAUACAAAAAGAGAAACAAUGGUCUACAAUAAAGCAAAAAUAGAAGAUAUAAAUUUCGAAGAGUUGUUUGGUCACACUUGGUUUGUGAAUGAAGAAGAUUACGGAAAAGUUAUGACAAAACCUGGAAAUUUGAAUUCAAUGUGGAUUCACGAAUCAUGGAAUAUUCCAACAAAUCGGCAUCAUGUUAGUAAAAGCAAUUACAUAAUUCAUAUGCAGAAACCAGUUGAUCCAGAUGGAACUGAUCCAGUUUCCUAUCGAAUGAGCAAUUUUGAAAUGUUGGAGAGCAUGCAACUGAAUGCUUCUACUUUGAUACCCAUUCAGGAUGACUUGGAAAGAGUACUCAAAUCAUCGAAUAUUUCUAUGACCGCUGAAGAUCUACCAAAUAAAACAUACUACUUCCCAAUUAUUUACCGAUGUUAUUAUGAAAAAUUUUACAAAAAACCAAAGAAAGACUCAUGUCCAAAUGGAGAGGGAUGCUUGAUUCCACAACGAACCGGUACAAAUUGUAUUCACUCAGACGCUGAUUUCAAAUCAGGUCCAGAAAUGUGGCCAAUUACAUAUCAUUAUCAUGUUAAUUCAAAAUGGUCUCGAACCAAAGGAUGUCAUGCCUAAUUUUUCCUUAUUUACUUGUUCUUAAAAGAAAAUGCCAAACGUGGAACAAGGAACUUUUACUUUUUUGUAAAACUAAGUUUUAAAUACUUUUCCAACAUUUAUUUAGCUAAAAAAGCAAAGCUUAAACCGAUUCGAAUGUAUCCUCGAAUUUUUACACAGCCACCUAGCAAUUGAUCUCAUUUAGACAGUCCGUAAUUUGGAUGAACGUGUGUUUCUAGUACUUUAAAAUAAAAUAUGUUUACCAUU